GUCGCACUUUUUGCCAUCCUCUUACUCUUACCCCCCAUACAACGGUAACGCACAAGCCCUAGCUGCCCGGCUCUCGCUCUCACGAUCCCGGGUCCUGAAGUUAUGACCAAGCAAACCUCCGGGCUUCAGUGAGAUUCCAUCUUGCGGCCUCUUGGGGGAAAUCUCGGCCAAACCCUUAGAGAGAAAGAACUGGUUAGUCUAGUAGAAAUCAAUCAAAGACAGAGAAUUUAGAGAAGAGUGACGUGGACAUGGACCUGGAAGAUCUAGAUGGUCUGAGCCGAGUUCCAUCAAGAAUCAACAGAUUCGCCCCCAAGAACUCUAAGCUCAAAGCAAAGUCAGAACCCCAAGAAUUGCAUUCCCUUCAUAUGACGAAGAAAGAAGAAAUGUAUUCCAUUCACGAUUGUGAAACAACGAACCAAGACGACUGUGCCAUGAAGAUGGAUGUUGCUGUCAAAAUGGAUGUUGAAGCCAAGUCAGAAGGCCAAGAAACUAAAGAUGAAACAAUGGAGGAAGUCGACGAUGAUGAUAGAGUUGUUCGAGAAAUCGACGUCUUCUUUACUCCUCAAAUUGAUCCCAGCACUCAGCUUUAUGUUCUGCAAUUUCCACUUAGGCCCUGUUGGCGUCCGUAUGAAUUGGAUGAACGAUGUGAAGAGGUUAGGAUUAAACCCUCGAGAGCUGAUGUUGAAGUUGAUUUGUCUAUUGAUGUUGAUUCCAAGAAUUAUGACACUGAUGCAGAUCCCAGAGUGCGGAUGACAAAGCAGACUUUGUCAUCCUCAAUGAAGCCAACGAGUGCAACCAGCUAUGCUGUUGGGGUGCUAGUUGGAAAUAAGUUGCACAUCAAUCCUAUUCGUGCAGUUGUGCAGCUUCGACCUUCAAUGGAACAUCUUAAGUCUGAUGGCUCUAAAAAGAACAGUGUCAUGUGCAAUGUAGAAGCUACAAUUAAGAUGGAAGAUCCCAAGGAUGAAAAAUCUGCAGGACCAUCAAAAAAAGUGAACAAGCUACCAGGGACUAUGAAUGAUGAUCUGCAGGAGAGUUGGAUGACACUCAAGUACCAUUCUUCAAAGAGUGAUUACUCAAUCAGAUAUCUAAGAAAAAUGGAAGUAGAAGAAAGUGCCCCCAUACAAUUUUCAAUGAGCCCGUAUGACUAUGUCAGCUCUUUGUGUCCCAGUGCAUUUAAUGACAACAUGAAAUCCCAAGGUCCUUCUACAAGGUUUUUGCGUUCAUUGACCCUGGAAGAACGUUUCAAGAUAUGGUUUCGUGAGGGUCCUCCAGCAAAUCGUCUACGAACUCUGAAGAAGCACCUCGCUCCUGAUGAUUCCAUUGAAGAUGUGCUUGGGGUCCUCCAGAAACUUGCUCACCUUGUACAAGGACUCUGGAUUCCAAAAACGCCACUGCUACUUGAAGGAGGAGUUGAAUGUCUAGCUAGAGAUUACUUUCUUCUUUUGUUUAGUAAGAAUCCUGUAAUCAGCUAUGAACAAGUGAAAGCUGUGGGUUCUCGUGGUCAGCCUUUGAAAGAUGUUAUAAAACGUGUGUUGAGCAUUUUAGCUGUUGAGAGACCCGAUUUACAUGGCUGGAAGUUUAAAGAGUUACCAGAUGUGUCAUCGGAAAACGAGUCAUCAGAUGAGAUGUUCAUGAAACUGUAUUCGGAUGUUGUUAAAGAGCAAGAAAAAGCUUGGGAGCGUGCGGAGAAGCCGCUUACUGACAGUAUAUUUGUGGGCGGGAGGGGUGGUUUAAAGAAUUCUUCGAAGCCUGAUACAGCUAAUCGGGCUGGAACAUCAAAAGUUCAAAAUAAAGGUGCAGCAAGAUCUUCAAAUGGAGCUGUUUCUCGAACUCCUAUGUCAAAUGAAACUCGAGAAGCUCUACCCAAGGUCUUACAGAAACUUUUCCAAACACACAGUGUUUGCAGCUUUCAACUGAUUUGCCAACGUUUGCGGGAAAUGGCAAUUUCUGAGUCUACUCGUCCCAAGGGGAUAGCUAGAGAGGUAAAAGCAGCAGCAAUUGCCCUUGAUGCUCCUCAAGAGGAGCUGCUGGACUUGAUUGGUCAAGUCGCUAUAAAUAUUCAUGGCGUAUAUGUUUCGAAGUCAUCUAUAGACCCCCAAUAUGAUCCUUUGAGGAAAAUAGUCAUUGAUCUUCUUAUUGCUGAAGGGCCUAAUGCAAAGCUUAAAAGGGCUGCUAUAGUUGAAGCAGCCAAGAUGCAACUUAAUCAGGAUAUUUCUCCCAAUGCAUACCAAAAGGUCUUGAAUGAAUUAUGUGUAUCUCAAGGUUCUGCGUGGGUCUUAAAACGCGGUGAUGGAAAUCCUAAGUAGUAUUCACUUCAUAUAUUCUCCACAAAUCAUAGCCUAACAAAGAAAGUUGAUAAGUGAAUGAGUUUGUGGCUCACCAAUACAGGCGAUCUGUCUAAUUGGUAUGCAUCUGUUUACUCUUAUGUAUAUACAUUUGAUCCGUUUUUGGUUCUUGCAAAAGAAUAUGAGAGAAGUUUGAGAAUGAUAGGAAAGAGAUGAAAAUAGUCGGAUAUUCAUUUGUCAUGUUUCGUUGCUGAUUUACGACACAUUUGCAGAAAACUUAUCAGGAAUAUGUUUUUAGUUCACAGUUAUUAGAACUUGUUUUUUUGGUUCAGUCACUGUAAAUUCUUCAAAACCCCUUUUGCUAAAAAGCAUUUGAGAAACUAUUGAGUUUUCUAUACUUGUAUUUUUCAACAGGUAAGGAGCAUUAAGGAUUUGUUGGUCCUUGGUUUUAUGAUUUCUCCUUUCUUGCUCAGUCUCUUUACGCUUUCAGGAUAUCAGUACAUCAAUGCAGUAACAUCGACAAGCUUUCCCAUUUCACUAAUUUUGUGGCUUGUUCUGAAGGCUGUGCGAGACAUAGUAGCAAUGAAUUUUAGACACCUUCCAUGAGAGAAUUGUUUUACAACAUUAUUUUGAUAAGUGUCCUCUAAUCGCGUAAUGAAUCUCUAAUAUCUAUCUAACAAAAUACGAUUAUAGGAUCAAAAUAAUGUUGUAAAAAAUUCUCUCAUGGCAGGUAAGGUUGGUGGAACCUGCAAUGCUCGUGGGCCUGUUGUUUGGGACCGGAUUUUAUUUUGCAUGGGGUUAUAUAAAUUCUACAGAAAUGUGUGGUUGAUAAGGGUGGUAAAUGAAAUGUGUAGUUUACCAUUUUUUUUUACGUUUGCAUUCCUCUUUUUACUAUUCGCACUCUUUUGUUUUAUUCAAGUAAAAUUAUUGUAUUACCGUUCA